AUGGAGCUGGCCCUUACUGCCAUCCUGCUCUCCCUCCUCCCCAUGGCCCUCCAGGAGAGCACCCCCGCUCUCCCAGCCAACUUCUCCCUGCCCAAUGCCUUUGCCACAAGCCUGGAUUCAGUGUGCGGACGCCCACGUGUGUCAGGCCGCAUCAUGUCGGGGCAGGAUGCCAAGCUGGGCCAGUGGCCAUGGCAGGUCAGCCUGAGGGAGGAUGGACAGCACGUGUGUGGGGGUUCCCUGAUCGCUGAGGACUGGGUGCUGACUGCAGCCCACUGCUUCGACCAGAAGCAGCCCCUGUCUGCCUACGUCGUGCUGCUGGGCUCCCUCUCCUCCUACCCCCAGGCUGGGGAGCCCCAGGAGCUCCAAGCUGUGGCCCAGUUCAUCACCCACCCAGAGUACUCGGCGGAGAGCAACAGAGGGGACAUCGCCCUGGUUCAGCUGGCCUCCCCUGUCACCUUCAGUGACCUCAUCCUUCCAGUCUGCCUCCCCAAACCCGGAGACCCCCUGGGUCAAGGCACCUGGUGCUGGGUCACCGGCUGGGGGAACGUCGACUUGAAUCAACCACUGCCCCCGCCCUUCACCCUGAAGGAGCUGCAGCUGCCCCUCAUUGACGCCCAGACCUGUGACGCCUACUACCACGAGAACUCGAACGUGCCCAUCGAGCUGCCCAUCAUCCUCGAGGAUAUGCUCUGUGCUGGCUUCGAGAGUGGCCAGAAAGAUGCCUGCGGGGGUGACUCCGGGGGCCCGCUGGUUUGCAACCUUGGUGGAGUCUGGACCCAGGCAGGCAUCGUGAGCUGGGGGUCUGCCUGCGGCCUCCCCAAAAAGCCGGGAGUCUACAUCAAUGUCAGCAUGUACACCACGUGGAUUGCCAGCACCAUCCAGAGCUCCGAGCUAGACAUGGAAAACUCCUCUCCACACCUUGCUGGGCUCUUUGUCCCCACCAUGCUGUUGGUUCUGGGGCUGCUGGGGGACACGCUUGCGUCCCUGGGGCUUGCCUAA